UGCAGUUUCAUAUUUAGCAAACGAUGACAAAAAUACCGUUGAUUGCUGUUUUUUCGGUUUGGCUCUUUGUUGUUUAUGGCCAAAUACCCUUCAAUAACUUUGACCCUUAUCACCCCUAUUACAUUCCCUACACUUCAACGUUUACCAAUCAACCCAUUAAACACGUUAAUGAUGAAACGGCAGCUCAGUCUAGCGGAACUAUUGAAUUCAAAAAUAAUCCGAGCAUUAGGGACCUUUACUAUCGGGGUGGCAUUUUUUUAAGAAUAAAACAACUUGAAGAAACGACUGCUAGUUUAACAAGGCAACUGAAAGCGAUGCAAACUGCUUUAGACGAUAAGGCCGACAAAACAGCAUUAGCCGCUAAGGCCGACAUAACAGCGUUGGACCCAAUUAAUACUGCUUUAAAUAAAAUUACCACUCCCAGUUCUAUUGGUAAAAUCCCCACCUCAUGUGGAGACCUCAAGACUAUCGGAUUCGUCAAAAGCGGAAUCUUCUCCAUCAUGGACGGCAAACAAGUCAAAAACGUCUAUUGCGAUUUUACUAAAACAGCCGAUUCAGAGUUGCAGAAAAUGAUCGGCACUGUCGACGUAAAAUCUACAGCUAUUUAUUUCCACGCUAAAAUGACGAAUGUUUAUUCGGCUGCCCUAACCACCAUUCAAUUUGAUCCAAUCAAACUCAAUGUGGGAACUGCCCUUAACCCUGCCACUGGAAUAUUCGUCGCCCCUACACCAGGGAAAUAUUAUUUCGCAUUUUCGGGUAUUAGUGAUAGCGGCGUCAAAGCAAGAGUUCUGUUGCAGAUGAUGAAGACUGGAACAGCGGAUUGGAUCCUAGUAGGAGAAGGGUACGGUGACACCACCUUCAAGACUUUUUCCAUGCAUGCUACAUUGGAACUUGUCAAAGGCGACCAAGUUAGGCUAUACUUAUCAGAAGGAAGAAUUCACGAUAAUGUUUUACAUAAUUAUUUUAAUUAUGUCGGUUGGCUAGUGGAAGAGAACGAAUUAACAGUUUGAUUUUGUUUUGUACGGUCGUACCAUGUAGCUGUUUUUUAUCUACAGACGAUGAAUACGAAAAUAUAACUUGUGUGAGGUGAACGAAUAAAUAAAAA